AUGAAGGUUAAUUUGAAACUAAUAAUAGGGUCCAUUUUGAUAAGCCAAGCACAAGCAAUUUGGCCAUUUGACUCGUCCGGCUCUUCAAGUUCUCUGGAUUCAUCUCCAUCGGAAACAGGCUCAUCUGGUGGAACAUUUCCUUUUGACUUGUUUGGUUCAGGCUCGUCUUUGACUCAGUCAUCCUCUGCCCAGGCAUCAUCAACUAAGAGUACAUCCGAUUCAGCAAGUUCUACAGAUUCCUCAUUGUUCUCUAGUAGCAAUUCAGGCAGUUCAUGGUACCAAACGUUUUUAGACGGGGAUUCGGGAGAUCAAAAGACAGACUAUGCUCCAUUUAAUUUGACAUGUCCUUCAAAAAAAACAUUUAUACGAACAGCAUCCGAGCUAUCUCAGCAAGAAAAAGACUAUAUUCACAAGCGUCAGGAAACAACAAAUAAAAACUUGAUAGACUUUUUGAGUAAACGUGCAAACCUUUCAGAUUUUGAUGCUAAAUCAUUUAUCAAUGAUAAUGCGCCAAAUCAUAAUAUCACCAUUGGGUUGUCAUUCAGUGGUGGAGGGUACAGAGCUAUGUUAGCUGGUGCAGGUCAAAUAUUGGGUUUAGAUGGACGAUACGAAGAUGCUAAUAAGCACGGGUUAGGUGGAUUAUUAGAUAGUUCAACGUAUGUGGUUGGGUUGUCUGGUGGUAACUGGUUAGUUGGACUGUUGGCAUUGAACGAUUGGCUUUCAGUUGGAGAUAUAGUGAAUGGGAAAUCAACCAUUUGGCAGUUACAAGACUCAAUACUUAAUCCAAGUGGUAUGAGAAUUGACAAGACUAUUGCUUACUAUUACGGAUUGGCCCAAGCAGUUCAGGCCAAAGAGGAUGCAGGGUUUCAAACCUCAGUAACAGAUACUUGGGGUAGAGCCUUAUCUUAUCAAUUCUUUGAAGAGGACGACAGUGGAACUGGUGGAGCCAACAUCACCUGGUCAAGUAUUCGUAACCUUUCCAGUUUUCAGGACCAUCUGAUGCCAUAUCCAAUUGUGGUUGCCAAUGGAAGAACACCUGGAACAUACAUUAUUAAUGAAAAUUCUACAAUAUUCGAGAUCAGUCCUUACGAAUUGGGGUCAUGGGACCCUUCAUUAAAAUCGUUUAGUGAUAUUCAGUAUCUUGGAUCUUCCGUAAACAACGGAAAUCCAAACAACACUGAUAUUUGUGUAAAUAAUUUUGAUAAUGCUGGGUUUAUCAUGGGCACAUCAUCAUCUUUAUUCAAUCAGAUUUUGCUUCAACUCGACAAUUAUUCAAUCAAUUCAAUAAUUAAAAUGAUUUUGGAAAAGGUAUUAACAGAUGUAAGUGACGAGGAAUACGAUAUUGCUGUGUAUGAGCCAAAUCCAUUUUUUGGUGCAGACUCUGCAGGAAUCAAAUCCAUAACUACUAACGAUACACUUUAUUUGUGUGACGGGGGCGAAGAUUUACAAAACGUUCCCUUUUAUCCAUUAAUCCAAAAUGAGCGUGGUGUUGAUGUAAUAUUCGCAUUUGAUAAUUCUGCUGAUACUAAUUCAAGUUGGCCCAACGGUACUUCGAUACAGGAAACUUACAAACGACAAUUUUCUAAACAAGGGAAAGGAACCCCAUUCCCAUUUGCACCUGACUAUAAAACAUUUUUAGAUAAGAAUAUGGGAGACAAACCUGUAUUUUUUGGGUGCAAUUCUUCAGACUUGGAAGAUUUGGUAGCUUGGCAUGAAAACGAUAAAAUAAAUGUUACCGAUGUUCCAUUAGUUGUGUACACAUCGAACACUCGCAUGAGUUACAAUUCAAACUUUUCCACUUUCAAGUUAUCUUAUUCUGACCAAGAGAAAUUUGGUGCUAUCAGGAAUGGGUUUGAAACGGUAACAAGAAAUAAUUUAACGGACGACGAAAAUUGGUCAACGUGUGUUGGCUGUGCAAUAAUUAGAAGACAACAAGAACGGUUAGGUGAGGAGCAGUCCGAUGAAUGUAAAAAAUGUUUCCAAGAAUAUUGUUGGACUGGUGGAUUCAAAGACGCUGCCUCUGUCUCUAGUGUUAGUGGAAUUUCAGGACUUGCAGCUAAAACCCACACAAGUGGCGGUACAUCUUCUACGACCCAACAAACCAGUACCACUACCGGAUCAUCUUCAAAUGGAGGUUCUUCGUCUACUGGAUCCUCUUCGUCCUCGAAAAAGAAAAAUGGUGGAGACUUGGUUAAUGGUGGUGUACCUUCUUCAAUUUUCCUUGUUUUUAAUAGUUUGCUAGGAUUAAUUAUAGCGUAUUUGUAG